AAAUUGGACUUGCAGUUAUUAUUGUUUUGACAAUAACGGGAUUUGUAAAUUUCUUAUAUGUCUCUAUAAAGAAUGAAUUAGUAUUAAUGUUUGGAAUAGACUCGAAGAUGACAAUGAUUAUUGAUUACUUUCUUCACGUGUAUGAAAGGCCACAAUAUACACAUUUGAGUUCGUAUUGCUUGGGUAUGCUGAUUGGAUGUACAGUACGGAAGAAGAUUAAAAUAAAAUUUAGUAAAAUAUUCGUCACUUGUUGUUGGAUUGUAACUAGUAUUUUUCUGGGAUAUGUAUGUUUUGGCUUGCAUAGUUAUGUUACUGAUCCGUAUCCAAAUCAAAUACCUUUGCGUAUACAUCAAAUACUUUCACCAUUUCUGUGGAUUGCUUCGAUAAUUUGGGUGCUUGUAGCAUGCUACACUGGACACGGAGGUAUUUUGAAUAAAUUUUUGUCUCUUGAUGUGUUUGUCAUAUUGGACCGUCUUGUGGCAUGGAUGUACGUUUUAAACAGCUUGAUAAUUCUUUACGUUAUUGGAGAAAUAAGAAGUCCUAUACCUAUGACAGAAAUUAAUUUGUGGAUGCUGUUUCUAUUUGUUACAUUCUUCACAAUUAUUGCAUCGAUUUUUGGCUACAUAUUUCUCCAAAUGCCAUUUACGUACUUGUUUAUUCUGCUGUUAUCCUGUUGUAAAAGAAAGAAAAGUUUAAAAAUAUCGGAUUCAAAAACGGAAUCGUUAAACAAAAGAAAUCACUUUGAUGAAAAUUAUGGUGUACAUCAAGCCAUNGUUUGA